UUUCUCAUUCAUUUGCAUGUGACACACACAAAAGUUCAAUCCCUUAUUAGAAUAUGUAUACUAAAAAAAACAAAAUUUUCAUUAUAUUAUUGAGAAAUGCAAACUUCCAAAGUCACCAUCCUUCUAUAAAUUGGAAACAUGCAACCUCUUCAAACCAAGUUCAACACAAAAACAAACAAAGAGAAUCUACAUAUCCAACAGACACCAUCAUCACCAUGGAUCAAAAGAAAUCUAACAAAAUCAGAGAAAUUGUUAGACUUCAACAGAUCCUUAAGAAAUGGCGAAGAAUCGCGAACUCAUCAAAAACAACAGCAACAACCACAAACAACAGCCUCACUAGAAGCAAAAGCAUGAAGUUUCUGAAAAGAACACUGUCUCUAUCGGAACGUGAAGGAACAGCAACAACAACAACAUCCUCAAACAAUGGUUCUGUUCCAAAAGGUUAUUUAGCAGUUUGUGUUGGAGAAGAGCUCAAGAGGUUUAUUAUACCGACUGAAUAUUUGAGUCAUGAAGGUUUUAUGUUUCUUUUGAGAGAAGCUGAAGAAGAAUUUGGGUUUCAACAAACUGGUAUUUUGAGAUUUCCUUGUGAAGUUUCUGUGUUUGAGAGUGUUUUGAAGAUGGUUGAAGAUGGAAAGAAUAAUGAGAAAUUGUGUAAUAAAGAAUGUAGAUCUAUUAGCAUUGAAGAAAUGAUGGGUUAUUGUUCUUUAGAAAAUCAACUUGCUUGUUCUCAUCAUCCUCAAAGUCCAUUAUGUAGAUAGUUUGAUUAAUUUGAUUUGAUGUUGCAAAUUUUUAUCCAUUUUUUUUUUGUCUUUUAUCUUCUUAUUCUCGCAAGAAAAAAUUAAUGUAUGAGAGAGAUAAUCCAUUUGGACUUUGAUGGUUAAAAUCUUCUUUUCUAGAGCUUUAUUCCACUCCUCUCGUGACAUUUGUAAUGCUAUUUCUCUGUCUCUAAAUAUUUAUAUUUUAACUUGCAUAUUUGAUGUA